AUGGCUCAAUGGUUCUGGCGAUGGUGCUCUUUCACUGACGUACGAUACUGGUCGAAUGAUUCUCAUUGGACAUUUGGGCCACAAGAUUAUAAUAAUUGGAAUGGUACUAAGCCAGGAAAUGAUCAAAAUAUAUUUGUUCCACGAUGUAUUUGGCUCGUGAUCGACGAUUCAUUACCGACAAUUCGUUCAUUGAGAAUUGAUGGUGUAGUCGAGUUUCAACAGGGACGAAGUCAUACUAUGUAUGUAGAUAAUAUUAUUAUCAAUGGAGGCCGAUUGAUCGCCGGUUUACCCGAAUCUCCAUUCAAUGGUAGUGUAGACAUUAUUCUUCAAGAUCGCUAUCCAGUGACGAUAACUUUACCGUACAGCUUUCCACUGUCAGAAUCUAGAACAAUAGCUGUUCUAGGUGGUCUUGAUCUGCAUGGUUCAUCACGUAAUGUUUCAUGGACGCGUAUUGCCAUAUCUGCUGAAUCAGGUGACAAUUUGAUUAUAUUGAGGGAGUCAGUAAAUUGGGUGGUCGGCGAUGAAAUUAUCAUUACCACUACCGAUAGAGCCAUCUCACAUACCGAACGACACCGUAUCGCUAGUAUCGAAAAUGGAACAAUGAUACGUACUGUAGCUCCACUUGCUUACACUCACAUAGUCUUACAACAACCAUUUUCAAAUGGGCAGAUGAUCGACAUAGCUGCAGCCGUCGGUCUAUUAACGCGUAAUGUACGUGUUAUCAACCAAAAUUCAUCUCGUAAUUUAUUCGGAUUUCGAAUUGUUGUCACGCAAUAUUGGACAAAUGUCUGGGAUUCAUCGGCAAGUACUUAUGUAUACACAUAUUACAAAGGUUAUGCUCGACUAUCGAACACACAAUUUAUUGGUUUUGGACGAUUCGAUGAAACAGACAAUAGUGAUCAACAAUCAGGUAUAUAUAUGAAUAGUUUAGGCGAUUGGAACUAUCAAAGACCUACUUACAUCGAUUCUUGUUCAUUCGAUGGCGGAUUCAAUGCAGCCAUUGGCAUGUUCACUACAAAUGGUGUACCUAUUACUAACAAUAUUAUCUACAAUACAUAUCGUUCGGGCAUCGCAAUUACAGGAAAAAAUAAUAUAGUUCAAAAUAAUCUAGUGACAACUAUCUAUUGGUCGGGCUCUGCUCAACCAACGUCGAUCGCUCAAUAUAAUAUGAAUAAUGAUGGGGCGAUCAUGUCUCGUAAUGCUGUCAGUGUAAUCAUGCAGAAUAAUCUUGUAUCUGGCGUUGAACGUUUGGCUUAUCGAAUUCAAGGUGAGGCGUGUCCUGGUACAUACACGCCAUAUAACAUUUACAAUUCCUAUUCGAACAAUGAAGCUCAUUCAGCAAUGUCCGGUGUCAAUCUUUGGCCUUUGGACAAGGGCUUUGUCUAUAGUCGAACUCUAACGCAUAUCAGUUUAGGAAGUCGAAUUAACAUUGUAAAUUCAAUAGUUAUUGGUUCAAUCACACCAAAUGAUUGUAAUGAUACAAUCGAUUCAAGUACGAAUAAUUUUCGCUUCUCUCAAAUGGCUAUACCAACUGUAUCUACAAGAUUAACAAAUGGCAAGAGUGGUGGUAGAUCGGGUAUCGUUUUCCCAACUAUUUCCACUUACAAUGGCAUGCCUAUUCGUUCGUGGAAUGGAAUUGGCAAUUAUCCUUCACUUGAUGGUGCACUGUUGAUUCGCGGUGUUACUCUGGCGUUUUUCAACGAUACUUGUGAUCGACAUGAUGUAGCCAUUCAAGUAUCGCAAAGCAAUGAUGAUGGACAGUUUCCUAUUACAACAAGUUCUAUGCUUGUGUACAAUACGCCUGCAGACAAUAUAAUUCUAAACGGGCAGCCCAAUUUGGGUGUGGUGAAUCCGAAUCAAUGUGGUGACAUGGAUUGUGAUGGUCUUAAAAAAGAUUUAGUUACUGAUACUGAUGGAACACUUUUUGGUCAACAAUCUAGCGUCUUUUCUCAAGCUGAAUCCCUCUGGGGUAAUCAACAGCAUGGUGUCGGUGACUUUCGUAUUCCCAUGGUUGCCAUGACUAAUUUAAGUGGCCAACGAAUCAAUAUCAGUUCGAUCUAUCCAUAUCGUGGUAUCAGUCGCAGUAAUUCAUGCGUUCUUCAUUCGUCUUGGGGCAUGUACCAAUGCAUUAAUAAUAAUUAUUAUAGUAUGUUGAUCAUCGAAAGUAUGGACUCAGAUACUGAAACACGGCGUCUCUCACCUAUUGCCAUCAUGUCCAGUAAUGGAUACAUCGAUCUGAUCAAUGGACCUCAAAAUCAUGCCUUUUGUAAUGGUUAUGGAUGUCGACGACGGAUUUCAACAUUCAUGGCCAUUGUUGAAUCAGGACAGACAUAUCAAAUUUAUUUAACAAGCACUCCACCUAGGAGUAUGCGUUUUCGACUUAUAAACGUUGAUUCAACAAUUAGAUGCAUUUUGGCUCUUUACUAUAAUUCAUUACAACAGAUUGAUGUCUAUGCCAAUACUGCUUACGUAUCACCAACUAAUCGGGAUCCAAAUUCGACUGUUCUGAAGCUUCUUGAACAACCUAACAGUGUCACAUUAUCGUCGACACCAGGUGCUAACUACUUUGAUAGUAGAACACAUACGUUGGCCUAUUUCUUAAUCAAUGGUAAUACAACGAUCGAUGUAAAAGUAUCUCCACUGCUAAUUCUCAAUUUUGGACUACCAGCAAUAGAUCCAGCAACGUUCUACAAUGGUGAUCUUGUCGCUAAGUUGGCUGCUGUUUUCAACAUUAGUCCUGAUAAAAUUCGACAUGUUAAUAUUACAUCAGCUUCAAAUCCAAAUCGCGGACGCCGUCAAACAUCAUCGAUUAAAUUGAAUAUCGAACUACGUGAUGAACCACGUGCUAGUUCAGUGAGCAGUGCUGGAGUUCUUGGUGAAGUUCUAUCAAAUAUUGGUUCAAGUAUCAUCAAUCGUUAUCAAACGGGUCAAUUACAAAUCGCUUGGAAAUAUUUCAAUGUAACAGGUGACGUCAUUCCUGAAAAUUUAUAUGUACAAGAACCAUUUGAUCUGUCAUCGACACCUUUGGGUAUUAUUAAUCGAACUGUACUUUUAAUUGCACCAGCCAAUUGUCGAGAGCAAAGCCCGUGUACUACUCAACCUAUACUCGUUGCUUAUGAUUCAGCAGGUAAUAUUAUUCAAAAGUUAGGUUCCAAUGAUCAUCCAUGGCAAGUUCAAGCCACUGUUAUUGGUCAAUCAUCUCAAGUUCUCUACGGUGCCAUUGCUAAUUAUUCAAAUGGACAAGUGCAAUUCAAUUCAUUCAGUUUGCCAGGCAUUGGUACCUACCAAAUUAAAUUUACUUUCAUUUCACCAAUGGAUGUUAACAGUUCAUUUUUUCUCUCGACCAAUCUGACCGUUCAGACCAAUAAUAUCGUAGUAACAGAAGCCAUUUUAGCAGGUCAACAAGUAAACAAUAUCUAUGUCGUUAACGCCAGUGAUACAUUCGAUAUUUCUGUUAUGCCAAUCGAUAAUAUCACUGGUCUUGAAUUGGGACAAAUUCAAUGGAGUAAUUGGACAUGGUCGGCAAAUGUUACACUGUACAAUUUACCAAAUUUCAAUAGUCACGGAUCACUACGCGCACAAAGUACAUCAAGAACCAUUAUUGAUGUUGCAACAGGUACUGUCACAGUUACUAAUCUAACGAUUGAUGCUACUGGCAUGUACAUCUUAAAUAUUACUUUGGUUUCAUCGGAUAAUAAACACUUUAUUCAAGUAGCAUCGAAUGCAAUUCUUGUUAAGAAUAGUACUGAUACACUUAUUGUGGAUUGGGAUCAACUAUUGAGUAACGUUACUUUUUCGGGCGACUUCGAUGCAAUUAAUGCUUCGAACCAACUUGAAAUCAAACGAGCAAUGAUCUACAAUUUCUUUAUCUUCUGCGGCAUGCCACUUAUAAGUGAUAUUACUCUACUAAAUGGUAGCGUGGUUGCAGUAUUUCAGCCUGAUGCAUUGCCUACAAAUAUUUCGGCAGCAGUGGCAAAAAUCCUAAAGAAUGCUAAUGCUGUGUCGGAUUUAACUGUUAAAUCAGUUAGUGUCAAUGGUCAGUCUUACUCAGUUUCAUCAGCAUCCAGUGGCAAUGGUGAGAGUAGUAGUUGGAGUAUUAAUUCACCGACUUUAGGAAGAAACAUUGGUCUCAUUGUUGGUCUUGUCGUUGGUCUCGGUGGCGGUUUAUUGUUAACCAUUGGUAUUGUUUGGCUCCGCCAUAAGCAUAAACAAAUGAAUGCUCAUCGUCGCCUUGCAGAUGAACCUAUGAACAACAAAAUCUUGACAAGUGAUGAUCAACAGAAAACACAAUCAUCGAACGUGGAGGCACAUACGAUCCAGCUUGAAAUGGAAACUAAUGUAUUAUGUCCUGAACGUAUUCCAUCUCCAUCGGUCAAUCGUAUCGGUUCAGGUCGACACAACGAAAACGUUCAAUCUCAACCAUUGGCAACGAAUACAAAUGAUAUGGAAUUAAUCGCAUUCGAUUGA